UCUGUUAGUAAGUCCUAGAAAGAUCCAAAUUCGAGCCUAUUCUAAGAAACAGAUGACGUUAUUUGACAGGGUGCCCAAAAUCCUUAAUGAGUAACUUAGCAAGAGGAGAAGGCAAAUGCUGCCCCAGCUGUUUCCUGUUGAAAAUGUCUCUGUAAUGUAGAUAAAUGUGAGGGAUUUUCUCUCCAAAUCCGUCUCCUGUUCGCUAAAUCUCACUUCUCCACAACGAGCCUGCGCAAUGGAACAAAGUCGGAAUAUUGAGAUGUGACAUUGCCCGCAUCUCAUCCUCUUUCUCGCUUUUUAAUGACUUCAAACAAGUUCAUUUUUGCUGGGCUUUUGCUGGAGACCCAAGGGGAUGUCUAGCGGUCAUUUCUUCCAGGGGCAUUGGUGUGAUGUCUUUAAGUGUACCAUGCGCUGUCUCCCGUGCACCCACACCCUCUCACUGGUGCUGUGCGUCCUCGCGUUGACUCCCGCGACACUGGAGGCGGGGCCGGAGACGCUGUGCGGGGCGGAGCUUGUAGACACGCUGCAGUUUGUGUGUGGAGACAGGGGCUUUUAUUUCAGCAAACCGACAGGCUAUGGGCCUAGUUCGAGACGGUCGCACAACCGCGGCAUCGUGGACGAAUGCUGCUUUCAGAGCUGUGAGCUAAGGCGCCUCGAGAUGUACUGUGCACCCGUAAAGCCCGGCAAAACUCCACGAUCCGUACGAGCGGAACGGCACACAGACACCGCCAGGACACCAAAGGAUGUUCAUCAGAAGAACUCAAGCCGAGGAAACACAGGCGGCAGAAACUAUCGCAUGUAGAGGAUAGUAGGGCGAAUGGCUGAGAGAGACAAGUGAAACUGUUGGACAGCGAAAAACGGGACGAAAGAAAGACUGUGGGACGUGGUCCACUGUUAAAAACAAAACAAAAAACAACAAAAAAAACAACAAAAUAUUAAAAAUAAAAUAAAAAACAACAACAAGAUACUGGAUACCGUUAAAGCCCCAUGUUAAGACAAACAAAAUCUGAUGAUUUCCAUACACUGCACCAUUCCAUACUGGGGGGAAAUAUUAAAUUAGCUGCUAAAAGAGUUAAAUGAUAACUGUUUAUCCUCCUCGUGUGAAUGGUUGCACCUAAUGGAUGUCGAAAGCUUUUUAUAGUGGCAACAUUUUCGAGAGAAAGGAGUUUGCAGUGAGAUCACGGACCGUGUUGACAAGAAAAGCUGUCUAGACCAUUUAUACCAGAUGGAACCCUUGCAAAACCGAACUACGGCUGCACAGAGAGAUGACGUAUAAAAUACAAAUCAUACAAGUCUUUUCUUAUUUGAAUCAUUGUGCGAGACCAGAUCAAGGGGGAUUAUACAUAAGCCUUAUGCAAAUGUGCUGAGGUUCUCUAGAGAACACAUUUAGGAUUGAUGGAACAAUGGAUCCUGCAAAACACCUUGUGUUUUUUUUAAGUGUGUGUGAGGGAUCUUUGCUUCUUUUUUAAUCAUUUUAACUGCAUGGUUUACCUUCUUUAGAAAAUGGGAGGUGAAAGCCAUUCACUCGAACAGUUAUCCGCAUGCAUUUACACCAGUGUAUCAGCACGCACAGGAAAGACAGAGGGAAGACAACAGAAACCACAGAAAUUACUUGCAAUUGUAACAUAUAACAUCAAGAACAUCAAGAAGUUGCAGGUUUGCGUCUUUACAGCGAAAGACUGGUGACAUGACUGCAACUCACUAGCUGUAUUAAAGGGAUAUUUCGCCCAAAAAUGAAAAUUGUGUCAUUUACUCAUUUUCCUUACCGUAUGACUUUUGUAGCCCGUUUUUGAUGCUUGUUUCUGCUGGGAAAAAAAGGUUAUUGUUGCCUUGUCUGACAAGCCAUGGCACUCUCAUGCCGUACAUCGCGGAGCAAAGAGGAAACUCACAACGCGGUGACAGACAAGACAGAGCAGGUUAUUUUAGGUGUGAAACAUAGUCUCAGCUUUUAAAUUGUAAUAAAUUUCAAUAAAUACCAUUUAGUGGCUCUUUAAAUGCCACUUCAACCGAUCGUCUCUUCCUCUUUACUAGUUAUAGCGUGAAAUAAACAUGAAUGAACAUCAGAUCUUGUUUCAACUGCGGAAAGACGUCAGUACACACUAUUUUUCAAGUUUUUGAUGUUAAUCUACUCUCUGGUUUGUUUGUCUACAAAAGUGGCAGAUUCUGCCUUGUGAUUGGUUAGAUCGGCUGCCAAUCAAAGUCCCUGUCAAGGGUCAAUUGCGAUUUUUGCAUAAUACAACCUUAUAGCUAAUAUGUUCGUAUUUUAAACUAUCACACAAUUACCUUUUCUAUUUUUUUGCUGAAGCGGAAAUGUGUUUAUAUAAAGGUGAAAUUUAUUAGUGAACUUCAAUUUUUUGGAUCGCAGAGCACCGGUCUUUUAAAAUUAUUAUGUUUUUAUUGCGUUUACUGUCCUUUUUGAAGCUUUACAGACGUGGUCGCUAUAUCAGUGUAUAGCAAAUAUUAGAGAUAAUACCAGAAUACAGGUUAAAAAUGACAUAACGGUGCAUAUUAAUGACAGAAUGUCUGUUUUUGGGUGAACUAUCCCUCUACACCCCAUUUUAGGCCGCACUGGGGUUGUGAGAAGUGACCCGGCCAUUUUCACAGUCCCUCUGCAUGGUGAUUUCCUCUUUUCUGACCCCAAAGGAUCACGUCAACCUACACUGUUUACUCUGUAUCUAUACUCAACCUAUAUUAACCUUUGCAUUCUCUAACCAUAAUCGUAUGUGAUGGCAUCAUAUAGCGGAACCAUAUAAAAAAAAAAAAAAUCAACCCACUGUAUAAUGGUGCUAUUUUGUAGUUUGUUACUUGCAGGGGUUGGCUGAAAACAUAGGUGAUGGCUUGAAAAGCUCAAUGUUGGAAGUCUUCCCUUUUGCACAGCCUUGUGGCCACCAUUGUAAUAAUAUUCUUUUAUUUUUAUUUUUAAGCUAUUUCAAUAAGGUUACAGUGUAAGCGAGCGAAAGUAUUUUUGUGAGAGCUGUGAAUGCAUGGGAAAAUGGGAAAAAAUGGCCCGUGAUGGUUAAUUGCUGUUUUUGUUUUUAAAUUAUUUUUUGAAACAAUAACGUCCCUAUGCCAAAUAACUUGAGUACUGUGAACUGCAAAUGUCCAACAUUACCAAGAUUUUGACCAUCACGAAAUAGCUUUUCAUGCACACUAUAUUCAUUUUGACAUCUUGGCACUGAUUCUGCAACUCAAGUAUUUGUAACUGGCAAGGAAAUGGUACAAAACAAUCUUCAGUGUAAUACAGACACCACAAGAAAGACAAGAUCACAGUACGAUUCAACCAGUUGGUAUCAGCGUAAUUUGGCUAAUACUGUACAAGUCUAUUCAGAACCAUUGUUUUUCCUUUUCACUUGCCUGUUUUUACGCAUCGAUAUGUCUAGGGAGGUUUAAUAGGAAAACUGCACCAAAAUGGAGUCAAUUACACCAUCAGUGCUAUGAAGGUUAUGUUUUAACUAGCAGCACAUUAACCAUUUGAAAAUAUAGAUGGUACAGAUCCAAAGUGUUUGUACUUUUGAACUGGACAGUUUUGCGUUUUAUAUAAUCUUCUCAAUCUGAAUUAAGAAACAAUAGAACAACGUAGAAUUGUAUGCAAUAGCCACCCAGAGUGUUUAUAUAAUGUGCACAAGUAUGAUGUAAUAGACCUCCAGCAAAAGGUCCUCACAUAAUACCAAAGACUUUGAAUAUUUAAGGUUUGUUGGUUAUGGCUUUGUGGGUAGCACUAAAGAUACUUCUUGAAUCUUCACAAUAAGGAACACAUUUUUACAAACAUAUUGUACUUAUUUUGAAGUUGCUCUGUUUCCUAUUAAAUUGAAUGUAGGAUUUAAGACUGCUGCAGGGAUUUGUGGCACUUUGCUUGAGUUUGAUCGUUUUCAACAGAACAUAAAUGAAGAGACAAGAAUGGAAGGAUGAAUAUUAAAGGAUUCUGGGCAUUGAUCAUUAAAGCAUUCUUUUGAUUGUGAGGCUUUCAUUAGGCUACUGGUGCUCAAUUGCUUUCUGUACAAAAUAUGAAAAUACUGACAGAUUGUUCACCGUUCCUGCUGAAUAAACCACUUGUCAAUA